GCCAUGGCCGCUCCGCCGCCCGCCGAGCCCCCGGUGCCCCCCGGGCGGUGCCGCCCGUCGCUGCUCGCCGUGGAGCCGCUGCUGUUCCUGGCCACCGUGUCGCUGGGGAUGCAGGGGCCGCUGGCCACCCAGUACCUGUGGGACCGGCUGGGAGCCGAGCACGGCUACAGCGACCGCAACGGCACCGACUCCUCCGGCUGCGGGGACGGCAACGCUAGCGCCGACCCCCUGCGGCAGGAGGUGGAAGCCCUGGUGUCCCACUGGAACCUCUACAUCAACCUGGGAGGCUUCUUUGUCAGCCUGUUCUCCGUGACUCUCUUUGGCCCGUGGAGCGACAGCGUGGGCCGGCGCCCGGCGCUCAUCCUGCCGGCUGCAGGCAUGGCCCUGCAGACAGGCAUCUACCUGCUGGUCAUGUACCUGGAGCUGCACGUCGCCUUCUUCCUCCUUGGACGCAUCUUGAGCGGCCUCACGGGCGACUACAACCUGAUCCUGGCCAGCUGCUUCUCCUACGUGGCCGACACCAGCGAGCGACGCGCGCGGACGUUCCGGGUGGCCGUCCUCGAGGCGUGCCUGGGCACCGCCGGCAUGGUGGCCAGCAUUGGCGGUGGCCAGUGGCGCAGGGCCCAGGGCUACAUCAACCCCUUCUGGCUGGCCUUUGCUGCCAGCCUUGCUGCCACUCUCUACGCCGCUUUCUUCCUCCGGGAGUCGGUGAAGCAGAAGAAAGCGGCCAAGCUGUUCACGCUCAGCCACUACAAGGCUGUGUACAGGUUGUACACGGCCCCGGACCACCCCAGCUCCAGGUGGAAGCUGGCUCUGUACUCCCUAGCUUUCUUUCUGAUUGUCACGGUGCAUUUUGGAGCCAAGGACCUCUAUGUUUUGUAUGAGCUGGGCUUCCCUCUCUGCUGGACUUCCGACCUCAUCGGGUACGGCUCGGCCGCCAGCUACCUGGCUUACCUGAGCAGCCUGGUGGGGCUGAGGCUGCUGCAGCUCUGCCUUGAGGACACCUGGGUGGCAGAGAUAGGAUUGAUGUCCAACAUUGCUGGGCUGGUGGUGAUUUCUCUUGCUACCACGACGCCACUGAUGUUUACAGGUUAUGGAAUUCUGUUCCUUUCCAUGGCAGCCACUCCAGUCAUCAGAUCCAAGCUCUCCAAGCUGGUCAGUGAGACAGAACAGGGUGCUCUCUUUGCUUCUGUUGCCUGCGUGCAAGGGCUGUGUUCCCUCGUGGCUACAGGAGUAUUCAACUCUCUCUACCCUGCCACCUUGCACUUCAUGAGGGGAUUCCCAUUUCUCUUUGGGGCUAUAAUCCUCCUUAUUCCAGCAGCUAUCCUUGGGUGGAUACAAAUCUGGGAUUCAAAACACAACUACGACAACUUCCAAGAUGCUUCCCUGUCCCCUACAAAAGACUGAAUUUAACAACAACGAAUUGGCCAGCACAGCAGUGUCCACCUGAAAAUUGCACUUUUUUCUUCCCUCAAAGGACAGAUCAGUGUGGGAGGGAUACCCUGUUGUCCUUACUAACUUUUAAAUGCCAAACAGUUGCAAAUCACAGGAGGAGCUUGAUUUGGAGCUGUGAAUGCCUCCUCAGCCUGUGAAGCUCAUCUGUCAGAGAAAACACAAGAGACCCAAAACCAAUCAAGCUGUUGUGGGCCUUUUGCAAGGCUGGUUCAUGGUUUGUGGUUUGGUGGGGCCAGAAGGCUCUGCUGUGCUUUUAGUGGGGAGAGAGGAGUGAGUUCUGGCUUAAUUGCAAAGCAUUUUCCCCUCUGAGUAUUCCAGUGUGCUGCAGAUGAGCUGCUGGUGUGGGUGAGGCACCCAACAGUAUGCUGCUGAGGGGGAAGAGCUGUGCUCCAGAUCAUCACAUUGCCAGUAAAAACUCAACAAAUGUGACCACAAAAUCCUUAUGAAGAGGGGUAGUUUAGCACAGGGGUGCU